GCAUCCGGCGGUGUGGGACGCGGUUCAGUCUACAGUAUCUGACCCGAACAGAGGGGAAGGAGGAAGCGCGCUGGCAAGAUAGAGUGAGCGAUGGAUGACAAAGAGAAGAGGAAGAAGGAUGAAAACGCCAAUAAUGAUGAUAAAGUCACGCUGAAAAAAGAAAUCGGACUGUUAAGCGCCUGCGCUAUUAUCAUCGGGAACAUCAUUGGCUCGGGGAUCUUCAUCUCACCCAAAGGAGUUCUGGAGCAUGCAGGCUCGGUGGGACUGUCGCUCAUCGUCUGGGUUUGUGGAGGAGGGAUCUGUGCUCUUGGGUCAUUGUGCUACGCUGAGCUGGGUGUCACGAUCCCCAAAUCUGGAGGAGACUAUUCUUAUGUGACUGAGAUCUUUGGGGGGCUUGUAGGCUUCCUGUUGUUAUGGAGUGCUGUCCUUAUCAUGUAUCCAACUACGCUGGCUGUCAUUGCCCUCACCUUCUCCAAUUACGUCUUGCAGCCAGCCUUCCAGAACUGCUUCCCUCCAUUCAUCGCCACCAGACUGCUCGCCACCAUCUGUGUCUUGUUCCUGACCUGGGUGAACUGCUCCAGUGUCCGCUGGGCGACAAGGAUUCAGGACAUUUUCACUGUAGGAAAACUUCUCGCCCUAGUGCUCAUCAUCGUGGUUGGACUCGUCCAGAUCUUUAAUGGUCACUACGAUGCCCUGCGGCCCAGCGUGGCCUUUGAAUUCAGUCAGGACCCCUCAUUUGGACAGAUAGCGCUGGCCUUCCUACAAGCGUCCUUUGCUUACAGCGGGUGGAAUUUCCUCAACUAUGUUACAGAAGAAGUCGUAGAGCCACGCAGGAACCUGCCUCUUGCCAUCUACAUUUCCAUCCCACUGGUGACCCUGGUCUACACCAUGACCAACAUUGCCUACUUCACCUCCAUGACACCCGAGGAGCUGCUCACCUCUAAUGCUGUGGCAGUGACAUUUGGGGAGAAGCUGCUGGGCAUGUUUUCCUGGGUGAUGCCCAUCUCUGUAGCACUGUCCACAUUCGGAGGGAUCAAUGGAUAUUUGUUCACCUCUUCCAGAUUAUGCUUCUCAGGAGCCAGAGAGGGUCAUCUGCCAUAUCUCCUGGCCAUGAUCCAUCUUAAAAACUGCACACCGAUCCCUGCACUGCUUGUCUGUUGUUUUGCCACUGUACUCAUCUUGUGUCUUGGAGAGACACACAACCUGAUCAAUUACGUGUCCUUCAUCAACUAUCUGUCCUACGGGGUUACCAUCGCCGGCCUGCUUUACCUGCGCAAGAAGAGACCCAACCUGGCGAGACCUAUUAAGGUAAACCUGUUGGUUCCCAUCACCUACUUGAUUUUCUGGGCCGUAUUGCUGUUCUGCAGUUUGUACUCUGAGCCGGUGGUUUGUGGCCUCGGCAUGGUCAUCAUGCUGACUGGUGUCCCCGUUUACUUUGUGGGAGUUCAGUGGAGAGAAAAACCCAAAUGGAUUUACAUACUGCUUGAAAGGGUGACAUACAUGGGCCAGAAGCUGUGUUAUGUUGUGUUUCCGCAGGGAGACUCCGCAGAAACUAAACCCCUCACUGCCAAAGCCAUUGACUGAGCAGUUAGGGCAACCAGGUCUCUCAUUUUUGCAUCCACGCCUGCACUUUCAGUUUUUGCUGUUAGAUUUUCCAAUUGUUUGCUCCGUGAAUUGGGAAGAGUUGCCGUCAUAUGUUUUCUUGUACGUUUUCCUGAAUCCAGCUGGGAUUAAGGAAAAUAAAAAAAGACAUAAAUAUGCAAGCAGCUUCUGUACUUAGCCAUAUUUUUAUUGCUACUGCUGCCUUCAGAACUGUUUCACUAAUUACUGGUCAGUUGUAAUGUUAUAGCUUUUCUGUGACUAUCUCUGCGUAGCUUCAAUAUUUGGUUCUUCUUUUCUACGAUACACUCGCUGUUCAUUUCAUCUUCAGUCUGUUGCAAAUGUUCUCUGAGAGAGACCAUAUGUGCCUUUUGGUGUUGUUUUUUUAAAGGAAAUCUAUUUAUCUGUCCUCGCAAAGAAAUAACAAGAGAGACCUGAGGAUGGUAAGAAGCUUAGGUGGGUAAACUAAAUAAAUGAAUCUUUCAGAGUUUAACCUGCAAAUGUCUGGUUUCCUGAGGUAGGCGCUUGAAAGUUUCUUUAUAAGUUUCCCCCCUUUGCAGAUUCAGUUGUGAACUCUCUAAAGGUGCUCACCCAACCCAGAUGUUCUCAGACUUUGGAAUUCAACCUUCUUGUUACCAUAUAGUACUGACUACAAACCUAUUAUUAUAUACUAUUAGCUAAAUCCAAACUGACAGCUGUAAUAUAUUAUAGGCAGAUAAUAAUAAUAAUACACUGGCCUGCUCCAACUUCUCUAGUCACACAUCACCAAUCGACUUUUUAUAAUUCCGUCACCUAACUUAAGGUACUGAUGACAUUUUACGCUUGUACAGAUCCUAGGCCUCUUUAUGUACUAAAAAUUACUUGAAUUUGUGUUGUCAGGUCUUUACAUUAUACUACAUGAUGGUGCAGGUGAAAUGUUAAUUUGCAUUUCAAGAGAUGGCUUAGAUGUUUGGAAGUGAGGUUUUGAGAUGUUAUCAACAGUGGUUUCCUCAGCCUGUGGGAUACAACACUAUAUAAACCCUCAGCCAGACAACAUGCCUGGUAACUAUGCUGUCUUAUAUUGCUAAAAUUGGCUAAAAGCUUGUCUCAUUAACUAGCAUUCUGUUAUUGCUCAGGACUUUUUCACUUUCUGCAAACUUACUUUUAGUACAGGUGAGGAAACUAGUAAUGAUAACUUCAUAGAACCUCACAUAGAAAAAUGUCAAACUGUCCCUUUAAAUUCUUUGGGGAUCUUACUGCCAUAGUCAUGUCGGUGCCAUUAGCUUUAAAAGAAUGGUAACUGACCGAGAAGAUAUUGUUUUUCCCUAGAAAGCACUUGUUCAAAAGCAUCUUAUGUUGCAAAGACAACAGAACAAAUGAAAGUUUGGGUCUCUGGUCUUGUUCAACAGGAUUUAAAUCAGAGAGGUUGGUGUGGGAAUUGAACUUGUGGUACUUUGUCAAAGCCCCAUAUAUAUCCUGUUAACUCUGGGCAUUUAAUAAAGAGAUUCGUUGCACCUAAAACAACACUUCUGUCUUGUCGUGUCCAGGCACAGUUAUUUUUGCCGUUUUGUAAAUACUGUGUAAAAGAAAAUGAGCCAAGGACUCCUGCAGAGAUUACAUUCCUCAGAUGUGUUGUGAUAUCUUUUCACACUAUAAUAAUUCUGUGUACCCCCAUGGUUUGCAUAAACAUGUAAAGUUGUAAAAUAAUAACAAUAAAAGUGUUAUUAAAUAUAGCAGCUUAUAAAA